CUUUUCCUCUUCCUUUAAUCAAGACGAAUCUUCAAACCAACAUAAAAUAUACCCGAAAACAUGGCGCAGUCACCGUUGUUAGUAAGAAUGGACUCCGGCCUGAGUAGCGACGAUGGCUUUGAUAGUGACAACUUUGACGACGACAACAACAGCAUUGACAGCAAAGAUAUUGAACCCGCCGAAUCCAGGAAGACAGUCCGGCGGCACCCCACAGACAUCCAGAUCUCUGAUGGAUAUGAAACGGUGAAUUUUGGAAUCGCGGUGAAAUCAGACGAGCCAUAUUCCCCCGACCCAUUCGCGAUCAACUAUCGAAAGACGACGGAUUGGGAUGCAGCCGCCAAAGCACAAUGGCAAAGGGAAUGGUGGUUUGUUCCUAACCUCAUCGAGAAAUAUGAGAGUGUGGAGCAUGCCGAGUUCACAAGACCCUUUGACCAAUUCCGGGUCUUGCUUCAGGAACGCGGGCUCUACGAGAAAUACGAGUAUCUGUUCAGCCACGCACCAGACGCAGUGACCAGGUCAUGCAACGUGAUGAAUAUGCUCUUGGAGGAGGCCCCAGAUCUCAUUGUGAGGUAUGCAGCACUUGAGAAACUCAUGAGGGAGCGAAUCGCGGAUAUGGAGAGUGGCAAGAAAGCUUCCUGGGAGUUGGCGUGGGAAAAGCGGAGAGCGGCGGAAUUCAGAGAAGGGAGAAAGAUCUGAGAUGGGCGGUCUGAGGGCGUUAGGGGAUAUAUAUAAUGUACUUGAUGAUCCCGAAUGGGUGCGAGGUUGGGCGAUAAUUCUCUAAUCAUCAUAUCUAAUACUAAUUAUUUGGC